GGGGGGUAUUUCCAGCUUUGUGGCUUUCACUUCCACCUCUACUAGGUGGGCGGAGUGCCCUCCUGUGGACGAAUCAGAUUCUUUCUCAGCCCCAAUUUCAAGAGGUGAGCCAGGGGCUCAGCGUCCCAGACACGCAGGAGGCAGCAGCAGCAGCAGCAGGAGAGGGGAAGACCAGAGGCCAGAACCAUGGAAGACCAACGUGACCUCAUCUCCAACCAUGAGCAGAUGCCCAUGCUGAGCCAGCGCCCCAGAGCCCAGGAGAGCAAGUGCAGCCGUGGAGCCCUGUACACAGGCUUUUCCGUCCUGGUGGCUUUGCUCCUGGCCGGCCAGGCCACCACUGCCUACUUCCUGUACCAGCAGAAGGGCCGCCUGGACAAGCUGACAGUCACCUCGCAGAACCUGCAGCUGGAGAACAUGCGCAUGAAGCUUCCCAAACCCGCCAAGCCUCUGAGCAAGAUGCGGGUCGCCACCCCGAUGCUGAUGCAGGCGCUGCCCAUGGAAGGCCCGGAGCCCAUGCGGAACGCCACCAAGUACGGCAACAUGACACAGGACCAUGUGAUGCAGCUGCUCCUGAAGGCUGACCCCCUGAAGGUGUACCCGCAGCUGAAGGGGAGCUUCCCAGAAAACCUGAAACACCUUAAGGACACCAUGGAUGGCAUGGACUGGAAGCUCUUUGAGAACUGGAUGCAUCAGUGGCUCUUGUUUGAAAUGAGCAAGAUCUCAGUGGAGGAGAAGCCCUUUGAAGUUCCACCAAAAGUACUGACCAAGUGCCAGAAAGAGGUCAGCCGCAUCCCUGACAUCCACCCGGGCAUGUUCAGGCCCAAGUGCGACGAGAACGGCAACUAUAUGCCGCUCCAAUGCUAUGGGAGCAUCGGCUACUGCUGGUGUGUCUUCCCCAACGGCACCGAGGUCCCCCACACCAGGAGCCGUGGGCACCAUAACUGCAGCGACCCACUGGAGAUGGAGGAUCUGUCGUCUGGGCUGGGCGUGUCCAAGCAGGAUCUCGGUCAGGUCAUCCUGUGAGCACAGCAGACACAGACGCCAGCACUCAGCCAGCCCUGCAUGGCCACAGUUUCCCUGGCCCCCUACCCUAGCCCCUCUCCUUCCUUUACACACCCCUCCCCUUGCCGUCUCCCACCCUGCACUUCAUUCUAUGAGACUCUGGAGCCUGGCUCUCCAUCAUCCUUGGACACAUCAAAUCAUCAGAACGGCACAGAUUAAUAAUACAGAAGGGCCCUGCUGCUCAAAGCGCCAUCCACUAGCAGGGACACAAGGCCCAGGGAGAUGGACCAUGAACCAGGCCGACCCCCACUUCUGACACCACAUGGUGCUCCAAGAUCUAGGCCCAUGGAAGAGGUGGGCAGGUGUAGGGAGAAGGGACGGCACUGACCCAAGCCCCAGGACUGACACCUCUGCUGUCCCCUCCCCCACUGGCCUCGGCCUUCCAGCCCGUUUAACUGGGGGGGAGGAGCCACCCUUUCCCUCUCCCCAGCAUCACCCACCCAGGAAGAACCAGCCUCUCCACCCACAGCCCCUCCUUUCUACCAACCCCCAGUUCCAUCUGCACAGCCAAGCUUGUCAUCGGCCCUCAGGGCCAUGGCGCCUGUGAGAAUAAAAGGUAGUGAGUAGAACA